AUAAACGAUAAUGUUAUUGUCGUUAUUGGUAUUUUGUCUUAUUAUUGCCUAAAAUUGUUUUCAAGUUGUUUUUUUAAACUAACUAAAAUAAUAUUAAUUUAUCAACGUAGCAUAGUGUCACCGAAUACUCGAUUUUUAUCUUAUUUUUUCAUGACGUAUAUUUUGUAAAAUAUAUAAAUAACAAUUUUCAAAAUAGGUAUUUUUAUUUUUCGCUAUAGGUGGUUAAAUACAAUAAUAUUUUUGUUUACUCAUCCUAAGUUUAACCUUUUUGACCUUAUUUUUUACGUAAAAGUCGUAAAUAAUGUAUGCCUAUGUCCUAUAUAAAUGUGAAUUUUAGUUCAGAACAAAGACGUUUUCAAGUGCAAUUAUCAUUAACUGUUUUUAUUUGUAAUACAAAUACCUAUAUAGUCUGCAUUUAUCAUAAUAAAUAUGACAAUUAAUAAAUUUGAUUAUUUAUACAGAAAAUUGUUGCUUACUAAAUACUUUGUAAACGGUUGGGGUGAUCCUGAAAAACUUAAAAGUUUGUUUCAGUUUAGAAAUCAUAUUAUAGAUCGAGAAUCCUGUUUUAAACUUGUAUCAGCUGAUUAUCCUGUAAAAAUUGUUAAAAAAAAGGAAGAUUCCGAUUCAAUAACAUUAGAAGGAGUGUUUCAAUCACCUUUUUCUUAUUAUCUUCCAGAUAUAGUGCCAAAAGAGAGUCACCUUGCACAUUUCCAAGUCUUAAUACCAAAAAAAUGGCCUUCCAAAAAUGUAAAACCUAUGUGUGUACACAUGGCUGGCACAGGAGAUCAACAUUAUUGGCGAAGACGAGCUAUGUUAGCAAAUCCACUUUUAAAAGAAGCAGCGAUUGGAUCAAUCAUAUUAGAAAAUCCAUUCUAUGGAAAAAGAAAACCAAAUAACCAAGUUAGGUCUAUUUUAUGCAAUGUUUCCGAUAUUUUUGUAAUGGGAGGUUGCUUAAUAUUGGAAUCCCUUGUGUUAUUUCAUUGGUGUGAACGUGAGGGAUUUGGACCUAUCGGUGUCACUGGUUUAUCUAUGGGCGGACAUAUGGCUUCACUAGCUGCUGCAAGUUGGCCAAAGCCAAUUGUUCUUGUUCCUUGUUUAUCCGGUACAACAGCUUCUGGAGUAUUUACGGAGGGUGCUAUAAGCUGUGCUAUUGAUUGGAAUUUACUUGAACAACAAUAUAAAUCAAAUUCUAUAUAUAAAAAUGAAGUUGUGAACAUCGAUAAUGAAGUCAACAAAUUGAAUGUAAAGAGUUCAUUAAACAUAUGUCAACCUCAACAGUCAAAUAAAUUAAAAUUAACCAAUGCAUUCGAUAAUUUGGAUGAUCCGUCAAUUGAAGAAGACGAUGAACUACAAAUUAAAAAAAACUUAAAACAAACAAGACAUAUGAUGAGAUUUUUCAAUAAAUAUUCGAAAAGUGAAAGUUGUGUUUAUAAUAAAAUAUUAUUUUUCAUGAAAUACCAAUUUUUGCUGCUAAACCGCUUUCAAAUACAUAUCCCUGUUGGGAUUUUUGGAGUUUUUAUAGAUCUAAGUAUAUGCUUACCGUGGAAUUUUGGAAAAGUUCAAUCUAUUAAGAAAGAAACCUACAAUCAAAACCAAAAACAAUGUUCAAUUAAUAUAAAUGAUGAUAUUUGUAGUUUAAGUUAUAGUAAUAAUAAUGUUCGGCAUAAACGUGGACCAGGAAACAGAAACGAACAUCAAUUAAACGAAGCUCAAGUUUUUAUAUUGUUUAUGGGAUUUGUAAUAGAACAUGUUGUAAGACGAUUUUUAAGCCCAGCAUAUCAAGAUUAUACUAUUACAAUAUUAAAUCAAGAAAAAACAUUGCAAGAUGUUUUACAAGUAAGUAAUGGAGUUUGUGAACAUCCGCAUAAACAGUCAAGUAGAGUAAUAGACUUUAGUUUUAUGUAUGAUUCCAAUACAGGAAGAGUUUUAGAUCAACCUAUGGCAAAUUUUCUAAAUCUUACCCCAACAGAACAAUAUAUUUCACUUCUUCAGCAUAUGAUAAAUGUUUUUCAAAAAAAUCCACCGACAACUGAUUUAAACAAUAUCCGAGAAUUUCAAAGAAAAGUAAAAGCAGUAGUAACCAACAGGCAAAGUGAUCUUUUUCAUUAUAAAGAAAAUAUUAAGACAGAUAUUUUUGAGAAAGAUGAUUUCUUUAUGAAUACACUACUAAAUCAUAAAGAUUUAUGUAAUGAAAGCCAACAUCUAUAUGAAAUAUAUUCAUCGCCUCUAAUUGAACAGCAUAAUACCAGAUAUUCUGAUGAACCCAAAGAAUCAAAGAACAUAUGCAUUAAGGAGGAAAAUCAAGACAUUCAAACAAUUAAUUCAAAUAAUAGUAUUGACCAUAAAGCCUUAAAAACAAUAUGCAAAUGCAACAAGUCCCAAACCCUAGUAAUAAUAAUAUUCACAUGUAGGUAUAUUUAUAUAUUUAAUUUUGUGCAUCACUAUUUUAGUUUGUUUCAGUUUAGAAAUCAUAUUAUAGAUCGAGAAUCCUGUUUUAAACUUGUAUCAGCUGAUUAUCCUGUAAAAAUUGUUAAAAAAAAGGAAGAUUCCGAUUCAAUAACAUUAGAAGGAGUGUUUCAAUCACCUUUUUCUUAUUAUCUUCCAGAUAUAGUGCCAAAAGAGUCACCUGCACAUUUCCAAAUCUUAAUAGGUAUCAAAAAAUGGCCUUCCAAAAAUGUAAAACCUAUGUGUGUACACAUGGCUGGCACAGGAGAUCAACAUUAUUGGUGAAGACGAGCUAUGUUAGCAAAUCCACUUUUAAAAGAAGCAUAGAUUGGAUCAAUCAUAUUAGAAAAUCCAUUCUAUGGAAAAAGAAAACCAAAUAACCAAGUUAGGUCUAUUUUAUGCAAUGUUUCCGAUAUUUUUGUAAUGGGAGGUUGCUUAAUAUUGGAAUCCCUUGUGUUAUUUCAUUGGUGUGAACGUGAGGGAUUUGGACCUAUCGGUGUCACUGGUUUAUCUAUGGGCGGACAUAUGGCUUCACUAGCUGCUGCAAGUUGGCCAAAGCCAAUUGUUCUUGUUCCUUGUUUAUCCGGUACAACAGCUUCUGGAGUAUUUACGGAGGGUGCUAUAAGCUGUGCUAUUGAUUGGAAUUUACUUGAACAACAAUAUAAAUCAAAUUCUAUAUAUAAAAAUGAAGUUGUGAACAUUGAUAAUGAAGUCAACAAAUUGAAUGUAAAAUUUAAUGCCGGUAAACAAUUUAUAAAAGAUAUGAAUAUAGAUUCACGUUUUAACAUCCAGUCAAAUUUAAUGUUUGAUGAUUCAAAAAAUGAUAAGAGUUCAUUAAACAUAUGUCAACCUCAACAGUCAAAUAAAUUAAAAUUAACCAAUGCAUUAUUAACCAAUUUGGAUGAUCCGUCAAUUGAAGAAGACGAUGAACUACAAAUUAAAAAAAACUUAAAACAAACAAGACAUAUGAUGAGAUUUUUCAAUAAACAUUCGAAAAGUGAAGAUUUAAAUUUAGAAGCAUUAAGCUUUAUGAAGGGUAUUAUGGAUGAAUGUACUCAUUUAAAAAAUUUCAAAUCUCCUGUUGAUCUGGAUUUAGUAAUAGCAGUUUGUGCAAAACGUGAUGGUUAUGUACCUCAACAUACCAUGGAUAAAUUAGAAGAUAUUUGGCCUGGUGCAGAGGUCAGAUAUGUCAACACAGGGCAUGUAGCGGCUUUUAUACUUCACCGAAAUACAUUCAAAACUGCAAUAAUUGAAGCAUUUCAACGAGCUCAAAAAAAAUAUUAUGAUAAAUCUUUAUAAUUGUGUGAUUAAUAAGAGGUUUAACAUUUAAUUGGAAUGAUUAAUUUAAUGUAAUACACUAUUGUGUUAUUUAGAUCAUCUGUGGUUCGCGUUAAACAAAUCACCCCAUGCCCCAUAUACAACACUAUUUUUAUGAAUAUAUUGUAUAGACUUUUCUUAUUGUAAUAUUUAAUUUAUAAAGUUUUUUAACAAUA